CAAACCCUCUGUCUCAGCCAGAGGCCAGUACCCAGCUGAGCAGGCUACUUUAGACAGAUGUAGCUCUCAGCUCUGGCUCAGUUACGGGAGACGCUGGCUCUCUCUCUCUCUCUCUCUCUCUCUCUCUCUCUCUCUCUCUCUCUCUCUCUCUCUCUCUCUCUCUGUGAGUGUGUGGAGUGUCUCUAGGGCCAGGCUGCCUGUCCCUUUGCUUUUCUGCCAGGUGGAAACAGAACUCACUCACUCCUGUCUUGCAUGGAUGGAGCUUUAGUCUGGAUAGCAGACCUGGAGUGAGUAUUGAGGGAGCCGGGGAACAGGGUUGUAUGCAGGUGGGGAGAUACCAAAAGCAAAAGGAGGUGGGACAGGUAAGGGUCCUGGAGUCCUCUCCUGUGGGGACCUGGGGAUAGUUCAGAGGGUCAAGACUCAGGAUCUGAUUCUGUGAAAACCUGAGUGACGCCAGGCUCCUUGGGUUGGUUGGGAUAGCCCGUAAGAACUCGUGGUUCCCUUCCCUCCACUGUCUGCCAUAUGUUGGGAUGAACUGGCAGGCAGGUCCUAUGUUCUCAACAGUCCCCUCUGAGGUAUGCAGCUCCCCGAGGGAGGCCAGUCACACGGGGUGGGCUGAGAGCAUGCUUCUGUGACACUAGGUCAAACACUGAGCAUGCUCUCUUGAGCCGCAGGACAGGUGGGCACGAAGCAGGCACAAUUUGCCCUGUGAUGUCACACAUCCCGAAGAAGGAAUGAGCCACCCUCUACAACCAGUUUCUCUACAUCUAAUUGGGGAUUCCUUACCUAAAAAGUAUCAGGGAGACCCUCCAACCCUGGCCUGUGAUUUGGAGCUGGGAGAAGUUCCUGACUCUGGCCGCACCCCUGGGUCAGCUGACCAUUAGGCUCCAGAGAGACCAGAAGCCCUGCACAGGGUUCUGAUUCUGUUUACCUGGGGUGGGGUCAGGAGACUCCAGGCUGGAUAUGAGAACAGGGACACAGAGGAGGAUGUGCCGCCCUAGAGGGCUGGGCCUCUCUGAGGAGCCUUGGAGGCUGAGGAUCUGGAGAAUGGGAGAAGCAUGCUCUGAGAACCAAGGCUGCAAGGCCUCCUCUCCACACUGGGGGAAGAGAAGCCCGCCCGGGCUGUGGUGGGGACAGCUGGGCCCCAUUCUGUUCCUGUUAUUUUCCAUGUCCUUGAACUGGGCCCUUGCUGCCAAGGCUGGGUGUAGCCUUUGUGUGAGACAAACGCAGUUGACAGCUCCUCCCUGUGGUGUGCAACAGGAUCAGGUGGGGAGCCUGUAUCCUCCUCCCUCCAGACCUGCAGCAGGGGUGAGGCCAUUCCUACCCCACCCCAUGCUGGCAGGUCCUGGGCGGGCAGGGGGAGGGGGUGGUCCUGUCUCUGCUGUGGGCAGACACCAUGGCUCUGGGGCCCCGUGGCCUCCUACUGCUUCUGGCUGUUCCUGGUAUCUCUCAGGAGGCUCUGCAGUCAGGGUGUGGCCAGCCCCAGGUUUCGCAUGCAGGAAGUCGAAUUGUGGGAGGCCAUGCUGCCCCAGCUGGCACAUGGCCAUGGCAAGCUAGCCUCCGUCUGCAGAAGGUGCAUGUGUGUGGAGGGUCCCUGCUCAGCCCAGAAUGGGUGCUCACAGCAGCCCACUGCUUCUCUGGGUCUGUGAACUCAUCUGAUUACCAGGUGCACUUGGGAGAGCUCAAGAUCACCCUGUCUCCCCACUUCUCCACUGUAAAGCAGAUCAUCCUGUACUCUAGCCCCCCAGGACCACCAGGGUCCAGUGGAGACAUUGCCCUGGUGCAGCUGGGCACCCCUGUGGCCCUCUCCAGCUGGGUCCAGCCUGUGUGCCUCCCAGAGGCCUCAGCCGACUUCUACCCAGGGAUGCGGUGCUGGGUGACAGGCUGGGGCCAUAUACGGGAGGGAGAGCCUCUGAAGCCUCCGUACAACCUGCAGGAGGCAGAAGUCUCUGUGGUGGAUGUAGAGGUCUGCAGCCAGGCUUACAGCAGCCCCAACGGCACCAUCAUCCAGCCGGACAUGCUGUGCGCCCAGGGCCCUGGGGACGCCUGCCAGGAUGACUCUGGAGGGCCACUAGUCUGCCAGGUGGCUGGGACCUGGCAGCAAGCUGGCGUGGUCAGCUGGGGUGAGGGCUGCGGCCGCCCUGACCGGCCCGGUGUCUAUGCUCGAGUCACUGCCUACGUGAACUGGAUCCACCGCCAUAUCCCACAAUUGGGGGGUUCGGGAAUACGAGGGCCUGCCUGGAUUCCCCUUCUGGCUGGCCUCUUCCUGCCCAGCCUCCUCCUGCUGCUGGUCUCUGGAGUCCUGUUGGUCAAGUGCUGGCUGGGGAGAUCCUGGCUAGGCUCCACCUCCCACCCAACUUCAGACCUCUGACUCAGGUGUCACAACCCAAGUGUUGUUUGUUUUUCAAGACAGUUUCUCUGUGUAGUUUUGGUGCCUGUCCUGGCUCU